AUGGCCACCGAAGACUCAAAGUCCAACGGACAUGCCUCGGCCGUCACCUCUGCCCUGAGUGGUGGUAACAGCUCCUCCCCCGCCGCGGGCAAGCGCGUCACUCGCUCAGAAGCCCACAAGAGCAAGGAAGUCUUGGCUCCCAAGUCGGAGCACUAUGAAUUUGGCGGACCCCUUGGCUGCCUCUUCGUCUCGACUGCAGUACCCUUGACCUCCUAUGGACUUUUUUACUUCUGCAAUGGAGAGGCGGGCUGCGCUGUCCCCCCUGAGAACUGGAGGGCCUCGCUUGAUCUGAUGCUCGAAGGAGUAGUCAAGAGCUGCUUUGAUUGGAAGGCAUGGGCCAUCUACUUUGGAUGGUACGCCUUCACUGUACUCGCUUGGGCUGUGUUGCCUGGCCCUUGGGUCGAGGGAACUGAGCUGCGAACGGGCGUCAAGCUGAAGUACAAGAUCAAUGCCUUCUCCACGAUGGUCCUGUCUCUCUUCCUCACUGCUCUCCUGAUUGCCUUCAAGGGACCCGAGAGCUUCACCCUCCUGUACGAUCACUGGGAGGGCCUCGUCACUGCCUCUCUCUUCAACUCGGUCGCACAAGCCAUCUACUGUUAUGCUGUCUCUUUCCAGGAGGACCGUCUGCUGGCAAAGGCUGCCAACACUGGCAACUUCAUCCACGACUGGUUCCUCGGCCGCGAGCUGAACCCCCGAAUCGGCACCUUUGACAUCAAGUACUUCAAUGAGCUGCGACCUGGACUCAUCCUUUGGGUGCUCCUCGACAUCAGCUGUGCCUGUGCGCAGUACGCCAAGGAAGGACAGAUUACCGAUUCGAUGUUCCUCAUCCUUCUGUUCCAGGGCGCCUACGUCUUUGACGGACUCUGGAACGAGCCCGCCAUCCUCACCACCAUGGACAUCACCACCGAUGGCUUCGGCUUCAUGCUGAGCGUAGGAGACCUCACCUGGGUGCCCUUCACCUACACCCUGCAAGCCCGCUUCCUCGUCUUCCACCCCGUGUACCUUGGAAUUGCCGGUACCCUGGCCAUCUUCGCCUUCAACGGCCUGGGCUACUACAUCUUCCGCGUUGCCAACGGAGAGAAGAACCAAUUCAGGAGCGGCAACAACCCCAAGAACCUCAAGUACAUGACCACUUCGAGUGGUCGCAAGCUCAUCACCUCCGGUUGGUGGGGACGCUCUCGUCACCCAAACUACAUGGGCGACUUGAUCAUGGGACUCGCCUGGUCCCUCCCUUGUGGAUUCUCCACUCCCAUUCCCUACUUUUACAUCAUCUACUUUACUGUGUUGCUCGUGCACCGACAGAUUCGGGAUGAUGAUGCUUGCAGACUCAAGUAUGGAGAUGAUUGGGACAAGUACUGCGAAAAGGUGCCUUGGAAGAUUAUCCCUGGGGUGUACUAA